UUCGGGGCGAUGCUGCCUCUGGGCGCCUCAUUCCUCCCAUUCCAUCGCGUAUAAAUUCGCCCCGUCCCGACGCGCCCGUGGGUAUCCGAAUCGCGGCGUCAUUAAGGUUGGAAGAGACCUCCAAGAUCGUCAAGUGCAACAUGCGCAUCGUUUCUACCAAAUCACUGACGGGAAAAGGGGGAGCCUGGCGAUUCAGGCGGUGCUUUCUGACGGCCAGGCUGUGCCUCUGGAGACAUCCCGAGGUAAACAUGGGCUUCACGUGCUGCUUGAUGAAGUUCCUGCUGCGUUCUCCUCAAAUAGCUGCGGGCUCCUGGAGGGAGGUGGUGCUCCCGCAGCCGAGCUGCGAUCCUAGCACGGAUUAUGGGCUCGAAAUACUGUUGUGUGUCGGUGACUGGGGGACUUUGAUGUGCGGAGAUCUUCACCGAAGGGAUUUUCUUCCACGAGGUUCUGGAAUUGUGACAAGACGGCCGUUGGUCCUGCAGCUCAUCACUGCCAAAACAGAGUAUGCUGAAUUUCUACACUGCAAAGGGAAGAAAUUUACUGAUUUUGAUGAAGUUCGUCAGGAAAUUGAAGUUGAAACAGAUAGAGUGACAGGAAUGAACAAAGGCAUUUCUUCAGUUCCUAUUAAUUUAAGAAUAUAUUCUCCACAUGUCUUAAGCCUGACCCUUAUUGAUUUGCCGGGAAUCACUAAAGUGCCAGUGGGGGAUCAGCCGCCAGACAUCGAGCAGCAGAUCAGAGACAUGAUAAUGCAGUUCAUCUCCAGAGAGAACUGCCUGAUCCUGGCUGUGACUCCAGCUAACACUGACCUGGCCAACUCAGAUGCCCUGAAGCUGGCAAAGGAGGUGGAUCCUCAGGGCCUUAGAACCAUUGGUGUGAUCACAAAAUUGGAUCUGAUGGAUGAAGGAACAGAUGCAAGAGAAGUUCUAGAAAACAAACUCCUCCCUCUUCGUAGAGGUUAUAUUGGUGUUGUAAACAGAAGCCAGAAGGACAUUGAUGGGAAGAAGGACAUAAAAGCAGCUCUUCUAGCAGAAAGGAAAUUCUUUCUUUCCCACCCAUCCUACAGGCACAUGGCAGAUCGGAUGGGAACACCCUAUCUCCAGAAAGUUCUAAACCAGCAACUUACCAAUCAUAUCCGGGAUACCCUGCCAGCCUUCAGAAGCAAACUCCAGAGCCAGCUGCUUUCUAUAGAACAUGAAGUAGAGGUGUACAAAAACUUCAGACCAGAAGAUCCCACCAGAAAAACAAAAGCCCUCUUGCAGAUGGUACAGCAGUUUUCAGUGGACUUUGAAAAAAGAAUUGAAGGAUCAGGAGAUCAAGUUGAUACGCUGGAACUUUCAGGAGGUGCCAAAAUCAAUCGUAUUUUCCAUGAACGUUUUCCCUUUGAACUUGUGAAGAUGGAAUUCAAUGAGAAGGAGCUGAGGAGAGAGAUAAGUUACGCCAUCAAGAACAUACAUGGCAUCAGAACAGGUUUGUUCACUCCAGAUAUGGCGUUUGAAGCCAUUGUUAAAAAACAGAUCGUUAAGCUGAAAGGACCUUGCUUAAAAAGUGUGGAUCUGGUGAUGCAAGAGUUAAUCAACACUGUCAAGAAGUGCACUAAAAAGUUGGCAACAUAUCCAAGGUUGUGUGAGGAAACAGAAAGAAUUGUUGCUGGCUACAUUCGUGAAAGAGAAGAGAAAACCAAGGACCAGAUGCUGCUGCUCAUUGAUAUCCAGGUUUCUUAUAUCAACACCAACCAUGAAGACUUCAUUGGCUUUGCAAAUGCCCAACAAAGAAGCAGUCAGGUUAACAAAAGUGCAGUGGGAAAUCAGGGAACCAAUCUACCGCCUUCAAGGCAAAUUGUCAUCCGGAAAGGCUGGCUCACCAUCAACAACAUUGGCAUCAUGAAAGGAGGCUCCAAGGAAUACUGGUUUGUCCUGACUGCAGAGAGCUUGUCCUGGUAUAAAGAUGAUGAGGAAAAAGAGAAGAAGUACAUGCUGCCUUUGGACAACUUGAAAGUGCGAGAUGUGGAAAAGAGUUUCAUGUCCAGCAAACACAUCUUUGCAUUGUUUAACACAGAGCAGAGGAAUGUUUACAAGGAUUACCGUUUCCUUGAGCUAGCCUGUGACUCCCAAGAGGAGGUGGAUAGCUGGAAGGCAUCUCUGCUACGAGCCGGUGUCUAUCCUGAUAAAUCCUCAGGGAGCAACAAAACUGAAACUGAAGAAAAUGGCCAAGCAGAUAAUUUUUCAAUGGACCCCCAGCUGGAAAGACAGGUGGAGACAAUUCGAAAUCUUGUGGACUCCUACAUGUCCAUUAUUAACAAAUGUAUCCGAGAUCUGAUCCCGAAAACAAUCAUGCACCUCAUGAUCAAUAAUGUAAAAGAAUUUAUCAACGCAGAGCUGCUGGCUCACCUGUAUUCCUCUGAGGACCAGAACACUCUGAUGGAGGAGUCGGCGGAGCAGGCGCAGCGGCGGGACGAGACCCUGCGCAUGUACCAGGCGCUGCAGGAGGCGCUGGCCAUCAUCGGGGACAUCAGCACCAGCACCGUGUCCACCCCUGCUCCCCCGCCUGUGGAUGACUCCUGGCUCCAGCAGGCACGCAGAUCACCUCCUCCAAGUCCUUCAACUCCGAGGAGACCUACCCUGAACAAUCCCCCCAGCAGACCCUUAUCUGGCCGAGGACCCGCUCCCGCCAUCCCCUCUCCGGGCCCGCAGUCGGGGGCGCCCCCGGUGCCGUUCCGCCCGGGAGCUCUGCCUCCGUUCCCCAGCGCCGAGGGCCACGGAGGGCCCCCCCAGGUUCCCUCUCGGCCCAGCCGGGCUCCUCCCAGCGUGCCAAGUCGAAGACCGCCCCCUUCACCUACUCGGCCCACUGUAAUCCGUCCGUUAGACUCCUCCCUGUUAGACUAAAAGGAGUUUCUGGCAUGUCACUCGUUGUUAACCAAAUAUGUGGAAACAAAUUGCUUGGUAACUGUCACAAUAACCAGUGUAUAGUCGCAUGUAUGGACAUCUCUAGGCAAGUAACCAAUUUUACUGAUAUUCUCUGUCCAUUCUGCAUUGUUUAUGAGGUCUUCAAUGUUUGGGGAAGGUCUGUGCUGCCUUGACUUUUCCUUCUGCAAUAACUGAUGUUAUCUAACUUACUGACACAUAUCUCCACCCAGACAACUGUGCUCACAGUCCUCCACAGCAGCUGGAGGGCUUGACUCUGUGUGUCUUUGUGCAUGUGUUGAUUUAUCUGCUGCUUUUUUUCUCCCUUACCUGAAAGGAAUCUUGCUUUUAUUUAUACCUUCUAGGUUUUCUGUUUUCUCUUGUAAUGGCUGAACUGGGCAAAGAAAAGCCAUGUGGUUUCUUACCAAGCUCUUCUGAAGGUCCCACACUUGCAGGUCUCUCUUGUAAGAGGCUUGCUUCUCCUGUAAACUGUCCUUAUCCAAAUUUUAGUUUUAAGGAAUGUUGUUAAACAAGCAGGGUGUGCAUGGGACAAGGCAUGUUUUGCUGUAUGCCCAUCCUGGCAGCUGCCAUGCCAGGUUGGUUGGGUUGGUGAGGAGCAGGCUGGGCUGCCCCAGCUCACAGGGAGCUGUCCCACCCCACAGCCAGGAGGGGACAGGGUGGUUGGGAGGGCUGGGGUGUGACACAGCAGCUCCCUCUGCCCCUGCUCCCACUGUGCUCCUGGGAAGCACUGCAGGGCAGUGAGGGCAUGGAGAUGGGCUGUGUGCAGGACCCAGGGAACUGAGCACUGCUUUUGGUCCCUUUGUGACCAGAAGGACACAGAGACACACACACACACAUGCACAGCUGGGCUGGGUCCCCCUCCUGUGCCCACCGUGGGAGCUCCAGCCUGGACUGGCAGCUGAGCUUCCCAAGGCUUUGGAUGUGGGAUAUUUGUGAUAUUUUCACAUGCCAGUCAAUAAAGUUUCCCUGUGUCCUCUGUGUAAAGAUUUUCUUUUUGCAUUACAUGGUCCUUGCACACACCUUGGUUUACUGUUGCUUUAUCCAGCUAAGUUCUGGGAAGUGCUCAGCUGUGCAUCCUGGAUUAUUUUAGCAGCUGCUCACUUGCAGAGAUGCCCUCUGCCUCUUGUUUUGCACGUUAUAAAUUAAUGCAUUAUAAAAACCUUUUGUCUUAACUGCAUUACUUCACUUUAAACACUUAGGGUCAGUGUCACCCUUAAAGCUUAGAACUUACUGAGUUAACACAAUGAAACUAGAGAGGAAUUUGGCCUCGUUCCUUUAGAAAAUAUGAAUUGCUGCUAUUAAAAUUAUGGUUACAGAUCCCUUGGCAAAGCAAUUGGUGGUUUCAAAAGGCCCCAGUACAAUCAGUCUAAUAAAUGUAUUUAUUGAGACUGCUUGUAGGGCUCCAGUAUGCUGUAGCCCCAUGGUUAGGAAGAAUCCAAUCCAAGAGCCACAACAAAUGGGGAUUUACUCUGUUAAUUCCCAGGCUGCUGAUUAGCUGUGCUCACCAGUGCAGCAAAUCAUGUUCCAGCCUGCAGAGGAGAGACGAGUUUGGGACAGCAUCAUGAUUUGUGUAUUAGUUUAACUUCCAUUUCCUGCCAACCCCAUACUGGUGCCACACUCCUGGGGAGUCUGGAGGUCACAUGUGAGGCACGGUGGAGAUGGAGUUUGUCAAGCCCUGGCAUCCUGGUGAUCUCAGCAGAUGCUGCUGUUUGUUUGGGGAACAGGUCCACAUCUCCAGUGCCAAUGCACAGAAUCAGCUUUCAAGGUUGAAAACACAACCCCCACAGUCAUACUAAUUUUUACUACAAAAAAGAAAACAUAUUUUGAUGAUUCUUCUUGUCUUCUACACAGCUUUCCACUGCUCAGUGCUGUCUGCUGUAAGCUGUGCUGCAUCUGUUGGAUACAUUUUUGUGAAUAGCCACAGUAGCCCAUAUUGUUGCAUUGCCAGCACUCCUGUAUUUCUAAACAGUUAAACAGAACUCUGCUACUGACUGGCAGCUGCCUGCUGAUGGGAAGCCAGGUUAAAUGCCUGAGCCACAGAGAUCACUGAUAUCACUUCUGAUAUCAGAAUAUCAAUUUUUGAUACUCACAAGGUGUCUCUGCUCAUGGCACCAUCCAUGAGCAGGGACCAACCCAACCCACUCCAGGACACUGCAAGGCCACAGUCUGGGUUUGUCCCACAGCCCAAGGACUCAGCUUAGCUGUCCUUUGUCCUUUGAUGAGCAUGACCCCCAGGAGGGGAUUCAGGCCAGGGUGGCUGCAGGGGACACAAGGCAAUGCUGGUAAUUCAGGAGCCUCAAUUACAUGGCACAGCUCCUGGCCUAAAAUGUGCUUUUAAAUGCUCCUUUCUUGAGACUCCCUGAUUUACUUUAAUGACUCUUUCUGCCAAUCAUAAGGAAAGAGGUGGCACAACUGAGCACUGUCCUUUUCUCUGCCCCCAGGGAACUAUUUCUCAGCAGUACUCCUGAAUUGUAAAUAAAGCUCUCAAGGGUGGAUUUACCCGAAAGAGGAGGAGGAGGCAGUGAGGCAUCAGCACCGUCUGGUCCUGUGCUUGAUGCUGAGGGUGCAGGACACAGCUGCACAGCCCUCCUUCCUCUGCAUCCUCAUUGAGAUCUCAUCCAAAUCUGGCCCUGGGCCCUAAAUGCAACACUUUUAGGGGUGCAGGUUAAUAAAAAACCAUAAGCACAAAUCCAGGGGUUGAUGAUUUCACCUCUUCUUGCGUAUGUGCUUGUGAGAAUAAACCACAGAAACUUGUUUCUAGGAAAACCACUUGAAUGCUGCCCAAGAAAUUGCCACAUCCAGUUGAGUAAGUUCUGUCCUGCAGCCUUGGCCCACUUCCUUCUGCUCUGGAGUGCCUGGAAUGGGUUUGUUUGUCCCACUUGCUCCUGAUGCUGGCUGUCCUAUCCGUCCUGUCCCUUGUUCUUGGAGGAGCAGCCUUGGCAGCAACUGACUCCAUGCCCAAAGGAAAGCAGGACAAGCUCCCUGUGGGUCUGCCAGAGGGACUGGGCACCUCUGCAGAGCACUCAGGUGGGAUGAGCCAGGCCUGAGCUCCGUGUCUGUGGGGCACAGGUUGCUCUGCCCCUCUCUGCUUCCCUCUGGUACAGCUCUGCUUGCCAGGGCACAGUGGAGCAAUAAUGAAGCAACACCAGAGUUUCUGCUCUUAGGUGAGGUGCACAAAGAUCUGGGUGGUGUAGUUGCUGAGUUUCAGGAGGGUGCUCAUCUAAUACUGCAUUUAGGCUGAGCCUGGAUCUCUGCCCAGGGAACAUUUCCACCUCACCCCGCUGUGGCUGACCAAAAGAGCUUGUGUGUGCUGUGAACAGCUCUGGGCCUGGCAUCUCAAGGGAUCUUGUGCUAGGGUUAAAAAGAUUGUAUGUUCAACAAAAAGGCUUAUGUACAUAGUUAAUGUGUGUUUAUUUUAUUGCUGAUCUUGUUGCACUUUCUGAGUAAGUCUCCUAAAAGUAGAUUAUUUAUUAUAUUAAAGAAGAUACAUUAUAGGUUAUGGCAUUUCGUGUUCAAGUAUAACAUAGAAAAUAUUAUCCUCCCUGUUCCAGAGAGCUCCACUAACCAUGAUGUGUACAGCAUAUUGACAUUCCUGACUAGUUCUGUCCUUCUGUCUUAAAUAGCCCAAGCCUUCCGACCUGAGAGCAGCCCUGCUUUGUGCCUGUGCCAGCUGGGAGCCUCCCGGUGCCCUCCUGGCACAGCUGCUCCUGCUGUGGCCCUGCCCCGGCUCCCAGGCUGGUGCAGAGCAGCUCCCUUGUGUAAAUGAAUGUUACUCUGCCUGUCUUUCCUCUUGCUUUGUCUGCAGGCGAGCUGAUGCCGACGGCUCCUCCUCCCGUCCCGACAGCCCUCCACUCUUGCUUGAUCUAUGAUUUGUCCCGCCUUGCCGGCCGUUUGCUUUACUGCUGUCUCUUUACUUUACCAGGACAGGCUAAACGAUGACUUCUUUUUUGUAAGAAGCAAACGCUUAAUUCCUUUCUGAAUUUUUUUUUUUUUUUUUGCUCUGUAUGUUAAUGCCCUACUUGAUGUGAGCCAAAACAUCUGCCUUUGGUUUCGUAAUCUGUAAAUGGUUCCUGGUGUUGACUUUUGAGCACAGCGAGUGGAUUCCCGAAACCGCGGUCAUCACUGAGCAUCACAUACACCUGCUGUAAAAAUGUUAUGCUGCAUUUCUGAACCUGAAAUAAACUCUCAUUCUUGAUGGGCUUUUAUUAUUA